AUGCCCCCGUAUAGAAUGGAUAGAAGGUCUGCUAGAAUAAAAGCAGAGUUAGAAAGAUAUGGUUGGAAAGUUUCAAAGAAGUUUAAAUAUAGGAAGGGAAGACCCAUAAAAGUCUAUGACAAACUGGCUGGUCUGACCUAUGAGAUGGAUUUGAAAACAGCACGCACAAAUUAUCCAAACAGACUAGAGAGGUUAGAAGAAGAGCGUCUUAUGGACAUGCCUUUCAAUGUUAAUGAACCGCAAGUUGAAGGACACGACGGCUUUGCCAGAUUCUACUGGAAACAUGACGAACAAUUGCAUCCUUUGAGAAGGAAAAAAGGAAAAGGUGAAGACGCACAUGCUCCAAUGGAAAGAACAAGAUAUGCAUAUGAAAAGUAUCGUGAGGUUAGAAGUAAAAUUACAUCUGGUCGAACCUUUACAGUAAACUUUGACGAUGGAAAGAACAAAGAAGGCUUCAUGGGUGUACUUGCUGCAAUUCAAGACGGAAAUAAGAAAGGAUACAAUCUCAGACUAACCGUAACAGAUUUAGAUGGUCAUAUAUACUAUGCACAUGGCAAUGUCACAACAGCCACACAACUUCUUGACGCUUUCAAGACUACAAAGAGAGAACAAAUGUUUGACUCCGACUCAGAUAUUUU